AUGUCCCCGAAAUGGGCUUCGCACGGGGAAAACGAUGAGGGCUUCAUCCCAGCGCUGCAGGAAAAACUCACGGCAGCGGCUCGAACGCCCAGCACUGCGCGUUUCGAGAGUCGUGGGGUGAGGAGUUCUGCAAAGUGGUUGUGGUUCUUUUCCUUUACCGUGUGGGCCGUGACUGCGUUGGUUCUUUUGGAGGUGCCCAAUUUGACUCGCUGCCUCAUGUCGGUUUCUGUGGAUAGUCCCGAAUUUGGUCACUUCGACAUCCCGUUGACUGCUUCGAGCACUGCAGCUGACAUCAUUCUACUGCUACGUGAGCGUUUGCCAGACAGCCCAUGGCAUGGGAACAAGUUGCUGUCAAGUGGGGUCUGCCAGCUACAGUGCGAUGACAUUGUGGAGGCAACCCGCCACAGCACUUUAGUCUUGACAAACUACUCAGAGAUCACCAACCAGGAGACUUUCUGCAUCAAAGAUACUGCAGAGCGAGGGAUCACUCGCGAGCAAUUGGCAAAGAUCGUUGUUUUCAUCUCCAAGAUGGCUGACAGAUGGUGCGAAACGUUCGGAGAACAGC